AUGUCAACUGACAACACAGACAACAUGCAGACUCCUCUCAACGGAGGAAGCAACGACAAUCAAAACACUUCAGAAGCAGCCGUGUCUGCCACCAAUGCAACAUCUAACGCCGCGACGCUCGAGGAGUUCAAAAAGAUGUUCUCGGCCUACAAAAAGAGGUCAGAAGAACAGGAUAAGCUUGUGGCAGAAGUAAGGGCCGUGAAAUCCCAGAUCCAUCAUGCUACCAGCACUGCCCCAGAAAUCGAUAGAUUACUCGAGGUAGCUCGGAAAACACCCUUCACUGCUCGCAUCUCGGAUACCAAGGUAUCUGACCCGGGAAAAAUGAAAGUACCAAAAUACGAUAUUACGGCUGAUCCUAAAGCGAACCUUCAAGCCUUCCAUAUCACGAUGGAAAGGGCCAGACUGAAGGAGAGCGAAAAGGACGCCGGUUACUGCCGUCUGUUCGUCGAAAAUCUGGAAGGAGCGGCGCUUGAAUGGCUGGCCGCAAAGCUACUAGCCGGAGAGCUCUCCGAAGUAACCAGCGUUAAAGAUCUCAUCCUUGAGACCGAUUGUCCUCCAAAGACCGACAAAAAUCCACCCGCGGAAAAUUCUCCUCGGAGAAGUCAAGCGGGGGAUAAACGCGGAAGGAUAUCGGACGACAAAGGAAACGAUAACAAUCGUCGAAGAGUGAACAUCAUCAUCGGAGGAUCACAGUACUUCAACAACACAAUCUCGGCCAUCAAGGCCUACCAGCGAAAAGCCGAGUCAAGUGCAAAUUGGCCUACAUGGUCUCCUCCCCGAGAUGGUCAAAGCGACUCGAUAACUUUCACUGAAAAGGAAGCCGACGGAAUCGAUCAACCCCACUGCGAUCCGCUUGUCGUAGAUCUCGUCGUACCAGAUCUGGAGGUCCCAAGAGUCCUCAUCGACACGGGAAGCACGGUUAAUGUUAUCUUCCGUGAUACUCUCAAGAGGAUGAACAUCGAACUCAAGGAAAUUACCCCAACACCGAAACCAUUGACGAGUUUUUCAGGCGAAACGUCAAUGACUCUCGGAUCGAUCCAGCUACCGGUCAUGCCAAGGAAGUUACCAAGAUCGUCAACUUCGCGGUGCUCGAUCAUCCCGCCAUCUAUAAUAUGA